AUGCACAAAGAUACCAUUGAACUAAUGAACAAGUUGUGCAUCGUUAGCAACAAGCUCAAGAUUCUUGGGAUCCAGGAAGAUCACAGCAGAUUUUUCAACAACCUCUUUGUGAUGAUCACAACCGUCAACAUUGCCAACUGUGCAAUAACGCAAAUUAUAACUCUUCUGAGUAUGAAGCAAUCAAUUUUCGUAACUGUCGAAAAUCACAUCAGCCGAUUCACUGAUUUGAAUGUGGUAUUAAGCUUUUGCUGUAUCCUUCUCUGCAUCAAACAUCGUUUUUCAUUAAUGAACGAAAAAUUGUACGUAUUGUUUCAAGCUUUACAUCCCUACGGAUUUUCCAGCAGUUUCUACAGAACCUCAGUGAUUAAUUCGAGACAAAUUUCCCGCGACGUCAACCGAUCGAGCAGUACAGCUGUAGUUUCUGCUGGCGUUCAAAACAUUCGGAUUGCCGCAACAUUGCACUUGGAACUCUGCGACCUGUUAGAACGUACAACUCGUAUAUUUGCCGGCCCAAUACUUGUAUUCAUCGUAAAAUCCUUCUUCACUAUCGUUUUAGGCAGUUACUGGAUGUACAAAACUUGUAUGAGUUUAAACCAAACCAUGUUGGAGAAAUUUUCAGUAUUCUCUAUGAGGGCCUUCAUCUUGGUGCCCGCACUUCGAAUGUUGGUUAUCAUUACUGAACUGUUCGUCAUCGCCCAUGCAGGUGCUACAACUUCGGAACAGGGAGAAGCUACCAAAGCCCUGUUGUCGAAAGUGUGGCUGGAUUUUCAACCAUUGGAAUUAGCGGAGAAGUUUCUCAUGUUUUCUACUCAACUGUUGCACAAAUCACCUGCUAUAUUUAUUUGCGGAUUGACACCGGUGGACUAUUCUUACCUGUUCAAGAUAUUCUGCACCGCUCUGCCAUACAUCAUCAUCAUGAUACAACUAGAUACAACGGGAUAGUAAUUAGAUUAAUCGAAGAUGCUUCAAAGAAGUGGGAAAUGUUAUUGCGCGCAAACUCCACCAAAGAUGCAAUGCUCAGAAUGUGCAACGACUUCAUACCGGAGAAAUUUGAGGAUGAGGUACG